AUGACUAUGUAUGCCCCAGGUGCUUCAGAGUUGGUCGCCGAGUUCAGGAUUACCAGUGACAUUGUGAUGGUAGAGACUUAUCACUGGGAGGUCGGCAUCACCGUGUUAGCAUACCUCGGACUCAGCAUCGGUUGUGUCCUAGGCCUAACCACCUUCUCUUUGCUAAGUGAUAGGCUCCUAGGCAAGGAUGAUGCACCAGAGCGUCGUUUGAUACUGAUGAUCCUUUUGGGCCCUUGCAUUCCGGCGGGCAUCUUUUGGUAUGGCUGGACUGCUGACCGUGGUGUACAUUGGAUUGUACCUAUAAUCGGGACAUCUUUUAUUGGGAUGGGAACACUAGUCGUGUCGUCUUCUGCACAGCUUUAUAUAGUGGAUAUGUUUGGCCAACAGGGUGCAGCGUCUGCUCUGGCAGCUCUUAUACUGGUACGAAAUGCUUCAGGGACUUUUCUUCCUUUGGUUGCAAUUCCACUGUACAACAAGCUUGGCUUGGGUUGGGGACACAGUAUUUUAGGGUUCAUCACACUUGCUUUCACGGCCGUACCAUUCGUCUUUUACAAGUAUGGAGGCUGGCUACGGGCGAAAUUUCCCCUGAAUCUUCAAAAUGCCUAA